CUUUUCAAGCAAUCAAACCGACGCGGCCACGUCCCCGACCAAGAGCGCGAGCGAGAGCAUGGCGGCCACGAGCUCCGCGGCGCUCUUCUCCGUCCUCCCCCACCCCACCGCCGCCACCCCAGCCUCCGCACGGGCUCACAGAAGCCGCCACCGGCCCACGCGCUCCGCCAUCAGAUGCUCCGCCGCCUCGCCCGACCUGUCUCCCGGCGCUCCGCCGCCCGCGCCGCCCAAGCCCCUAAUCGAGCUCGAGUUCCUCGCGCCGAAGCCGGGCGCCGACGGGUCGUACCCGGUGGACAGGGCGACGGCGGUCAGCGGCGACAAACUCCUCCGGGACAUCAUGCUCGAGAACAAGCUCGAGAUGUACGCGGCAUACGGGAAGCUGAUGAAUUGCGGCGGCACGGGCAGCUGCGGCACCUGCAUCGCCGAGAUAAUCGAUGGGAAGGAGCUCCUGAACGAGAGGACGGCCACUGAGAAUCGCUACCUCAAGAAGAAGCCGGAGUCGUGGAGGCUGACUUGCCAGACGAUCGUCGGAAACAAGGAGAACUCCGGCAAGGUUGUCGUCCAACGGCUGCCCCAGUGGAAGAAGUAAUACCUACACAAUCUCUCUGCACAUUUGGUGUACUGAGUACUGACAGCAUGCGAUCCAGUUCCAUGUACCUCCUGCUAUGCGGUGUUUAAGCAGACAAGUGAUGCUCUGAUGUGCACAAGUUCCUGAUAAUUUCCAAGUUUUCAGGGCGUAUUCUCUCUCACUUUUUUGCUUGGAAGAUGGGGAGUUCUACUACUUAGGAAUAGAAGUACAAUCAGCAGCUAAUGGUCUGGCUACAAAAUCGGCGGCAUCCUGUGACCACAGAUCGGUUAGGAGGUCCAAACCUAGAGUGUUUGGCUACCAAAUCUGCACCUGUAUCUUGUUCACGCUUCAAAACUUAAGUAACAUCGUACCUCCCCACGUCUUCAAUAAUAUUCGUUGACAUUUUUCA